GGUUUCAUUCGUAAUCGAAAAUUUUAAUUAAAUUACAGUUUAUAAAAUGUUUUGAAAUCCGACGGCGAGUCGGUGGAGAGAGAGGAAAAAUACAACUUAUACCCUCCCGCACGAGUACGCUAUUCUUCUUCUUCAUCUCUCUUACUCGCUUACAGAUCCCGGCCAACUUUCCGGCGACAUUUCCGGUCACUCCUCCGCCUUCCGACCUCACUCCUUUUCAAACUCUCUCAAUCAUACGCUUGGUGGGAAUGCUUCUCUCAUUGUCAGAAUGUUGGUUGGUUCUUUACUCCGCCGCUACUGUGUAAUUUCUUCUGCAUUUUUCUGUUUCCCUUUCGAUCUCUCGUUUUCCGAAGCUCUUCUCCUUUUCAGCUGUUUUCGAAUCUCUUCUGAUGGGGAAUUCUCGAUCCAGGUGCUUCUUAUACUCUGAUUUUGAACGUCAAGUUGAAUUUUGGGUUCUUUGAAACCUCGACCAGUGAGCUCCAUCCCCCUGAGAACUCAGCAGCGUUAAAUUAAGUGUGUAAUUUGAAAGUUUCUUGGGUUAUCGAGCUGUGACGUAAGAAUUGAUGUGAUGCUUCGUGUGAACAUGCAGAAUUAUCUGUCUGCAUUGCUCAGUCCUUUGUUCUGUGUCGAUUGAAUGAAUGGUUUCUUCCCCUCUUUGAAUAAUCUUCGACUUCUCCCGCCCUCUCUUCUCUCUUCUCUUUUCUCUCUUCUUAUCUCUUUGUGUUCAUAUGGUCAUUGGCUUCUUCCUUCUUGAAACUCGGGAUCUUACCUUCCAAAUUUGGCGCUCUCUUUGUCUCUCUCUCUCUCUCUCUCUCUCUAUCUCGAGGUUGAAGCCUGAAACCAGAAACUUUAAGUGAUCAAAUGAAGGAGAUUCAAAGAAGAAAAGUCCGUAAUAAUACGGAGAAACCUUUCCCUGGAUGCUUGGGAAGAAUGGUAAACUUGUUUGACUUGAGUGCAGGCGUUAGUAGGAACAAGCUUCUGACGGAUAAACCGCAUCGUGAUGUUUCUUUACUCCCAAGAAGCCAUUCAGAUGCAGCUAUUAUGUCGAGUCCCUCCCGUGAUAGUCAGAUAGAGGAUGGACUGGGGCAUUCAAUUGGGAAGGCAAAUCGAACACCCAUGAAGAUGCUCAUAGACCAGGAAAUGUCGAAAGAUGCAGAGUCUAAGAUUGCUCCCCCAAAUGUUGUUGCAAAGUUAAUGGGUCUAGAUACUCUGCCCGAGCAGGUUGGUUCAGCUGCUAAUAAAACACCUUCAAGAGGUUCCCAGUCUACAGCUAAAGAAUCUAGGUUAGCACUAGAAUGUACGGAACUAGUUGAUCACCAUUUGGAGAAGGGAGCUCUGUGUCAAAUUCAUCAAAGCUCUGUAGACGUUUAUGGAAUAUGGCAGCAAUGUUUGAAAACAAAUAAUGAUAGAGAAAAGUUGCACUAUGGAAGUUUUGAUAAAAGUAUUGAUGAAAAAAAAAUGGCUCUUGUUCGUCAGAAAUUCACUGAAGCAAAACGUCUAGCAACAGAUGAGAAACUUAGGCAAUCAAAAGAAUUCCAAGAUGCCUUAGAAGUUCUCAGCUCCAAUAAAGAGUUGUUUGUCAAAUUUUUGCAAGAACCCAAUUCCUUAUUUUCUCAGCAUAGUUUUCAACUUUGUUCACUCCCUACAUCUCCUGAGAAGAAGUGUAUCACAAUCCUUAGGCCCUCAAAGUUAGUUGGUAGUGAAAACAUUUCUGAGGCAGGGAAAAGAUGUGAGAAACAGAUGAAAAAACCAGCUCAGGUCUGCCAUUCGACUGCUUGUGACAAGUCCGGUAAUGUGCGUACUUUGCCAAACCAGAAAUUUGAUGAAUAUGUUCAACCCACACGAAUAGUGGUAUUGAAGCCUAACAUUGGUAAGAAUCAUGGUGUUAAACCUUUGGUAACUCAACAACCUUGCUCAUCACCUAAUAAAAGCUCCGGAAACUUUUAUGAGGAAGUUGAGGACGUUGAGGUGCCAGAAUCAAGGGAAGCAACUGAGAUAUCUGAACAAUUGAGUGAAGAUCAAAUGGGGCAUCGAAGGGAUGAAACUUUGAUCUCUUCUCUCUUUUCCAAUGGUUAUACUGGUGAUGAGAGUUCAUUUUACAAGUCAGACAAUGAGUAUGCUGGUGGGGUUCUCAGUGAUUUAGAAUUAAUGUCACCAUCUUCCAGGCAUUCUUGGGACUAUGUUAACAAAUUUGAUAGCCCUUAUUCUAUUUCUUCCAUUAGCCGUAUUUCAUGUUCUCCAGAGUCAUCAGUUUGCCGAGAAGCCAAAAAGCGCCUCUCAGAAAGAUGGUCAUUGAUGGCAUUAAAUGCCAAUUCUCAAGAACCAAGGCAUAUAAGGAGGAGCUCUAGUACCUUGGGUGAGAUGCUCUCUUUAUCUGAUCAAAAAAAGCCCAUCGAACCUAUUGAUCAGAGAACCAAUGAGGAAGAAGAGCGGGGGGAGUUUGCAUCCUGCUUAAGUACUGACUUCAGUAAGGAAGACAUUAGAAACUCUCCUAGAAGUCUCCAGAGGUCAAAGUCUGCUCCCGUGUCUCCUUUGAUGUCUACUACAGCAGAUGUUACCACAGAGAAAGCCAGUCCGACAAAAGUUAAAUUAUCAUUUAAAGGAAAAAUUUCUAGCUUAUUUUUCUCCAGGAAUAAGAAACUCACCAAAGAAAAACGUAAUGCAUCUCAAUGCAAAGAGGAAUUGGAUACUUCUGUUGUAGAAACACUUGGUGCUUCUCUACCUCCUGGCAGGGUUGGUGAUGCGUCUUGUGUGAACAAUAGUCGACUUGAAGAAUGCUCAUCUUCUGCUCUGUGUGAAUCAUCAGGCACAUCUCCGGAUUUAACCAGCAAAUUGGGGGUGGUCUCUCUUGAGGCAGGGUUGCCUUUCUCUAGACAUUUGAUGCCUGGAAAUGCCAGUGAGAACCCGGACCAUCCAAGUCCAUGCUCUGUUUUAGAACCACCAUUCGAUGACGAUGACAUCAUGCAUGUGUCUUUCAGCCAUAUAAAGCCAAACUCCAGAGGAAUUCAUGUACCUACGAAGUCCAGCUUAAUUGACAAAUCACCUCCCAUAGAAUCCAUUUCUCGAACUUUGACAUGGGAAGAUACAUAUUCGGAGAACACCGAACCGUAUUUGUUUAAACCCUCAUUAGCAUGUGAAGAUAGAGAAGAAGAGGAACAAAAGUGGCUCGGCCUUGUCCGUAGUCUGUUCUCGGCAGCUGGCCUCAAUGACAGCGUGCAGCUCAACUCAUUCCUCUCAAGAUGGCAUUCCCUCGAAAACCCAUUGGAUCCAUCACUGAGAAACAACUUUGCCAACCUUAGCGAUAAAGAACCAGAACAGGAGGCGAAAAGAAGGCAAUCAAGAUCAAACUGGAAACUCAUCUUUGACAGCGUCAGUGCAGUCUUGGUCGAAAUCACAGGCUUUCGAUCAGAAAUGAGCAUGAUGGUGCUAUCAUCCAACUGGGUUCAUGCUGAUGCUCCGUCCCAACCUUUGAUCGAUGUUGUGUGGGACCAAUUGAAGGAUUGGCUGUCGGGCGAAACCCAAUGUGUUGGUUGUGAGAUUGGGGACAGUAACAGCCUGGUGGUGGAGAGGGUAGUUAGGAAGGAGGUUGUAGGGAAGGGCUGGAUUCAGCAAUUACAAGAAGAAAUGGAUGAUUUAGGGAAGGAAAUAGAAGGGAAAUUGUUGGAAGAACUUGUGGAAGAGACACUGCUUGAUUUGACAGGUUCCUGCCCAUGAUCAACCUACCUUUCUUUUUUAUUCUUAUUAUUAUAUAUUAUACUUUUCUUUCAUAUACAGCUUCAAAUAAUUUGUGCCAUUUUUAUUUGUGUGCAUUUUGCCAUCCCUCUCUACCUACUCCUUUUCUUCUGUACAUUUUGGACUGCACAGUUUGUUUCUAUCUAAUAAGAUUAUAAAUAUAUGCCAGCAAUAGAAUCAUUUUCACUCGAACAAAA